AUGCCUCGACAAGGCCCCGCAAUUGAAGCGUCUUUCUCGCUUGCAGUCGGACAAAAUAUUGCACAGCUCGAGCUCAGGAGUCCUCCUCCAUUGGCCACCGUCGCGCAGCCGAGUCAUGGUCAGAUAAUGACGUCUCCUGUAUCUGAUAUUGAGCGACUACAGCCUAUCCCAGUAUCUGAUGGGCGAGUCGGUGGUGAACUUCACUCUUCCGCGAACAUUCAAUUCAGAACUCUUGCUCAUAUCUCCACGUUCAUUGCUGCGCCUAUGCAAUCGUUGCUCUUCGAGAGGCAGUUAUUUAUUCUAGAAGGGCUCAACAUCCAUCUUGAGUGCUAA